AAAAUGUAAGCGGUGAUCAGAAUAUAUGAUAACAGGAGGCGAUAGUAAAGUGAUGCCAACUGUAAUGAUUUUUGUGAAGAAAUGAUAUCAUGUUUGGUUGACAGUCCACUUAAUGGCACAUGGGAAGGGAAUGCUACAAUAUUGCGAGUGAAGUUGUUGAGGCAAAUGAAGGUGUGAUUUCUCCCUCAUUCCCUUGACUCUACAAUAUGGCACAGCGCAACCACUCCACAAGUCUUCGUGUUUUCUGCGUCGGAACCCUCGACACCAAGCUCCACGAGCUCCGAUUCCUCUCCGAUUCACUUCGCUCCAAUCUCCACCGCUUCUCCUCCUCCUCCUCCAAGGUAGAGGUGGUGGUGGUUGAUGUCUCUACUGGUUCGAAUGCGCCACAAAGUUUGCAAGAUUUCCCGUUUGUUUCCAGGAAUGACGUUGUCUCUUCCUACAAUACUGGAACAAACGAAGCUUUGCUUCUCCCGGAUGACAGAGGCAAGGCGGUUGCCGUGAUGAGCCAGGCAUUGGAGCAGUUCUUGAAGAAGUCUCAUGAGGAUCAAUGUCUUGCUGGUGUUAUUGGUGUUGGGGGGAGUGGGGGUACGUCACUGCUGUCGUCUCCCUUCACCUCUCUCCCGAUUGGGAUCCCCAAAGUCAUCGUCUCAACAGUGGCCAGCGGUCAAACUGAACCUUAUAUUGGAACCUCAGAUUUGGUUUUGUUCCCAUCUGUUGUGGACAUUGCAGGCAUCAACAGGGUUAGCAGACUGAUCUUGUCUAAUGCUGCGGCUGCAUUUGCUGGGAUGGUUGUUGGAAGGAUUCAGAGCUUAAAGGAUUCUUCUAGCAUUGAAGUUAAACCUACUAUUGGUGUAACUAUGUUUGGUGUUACUACUCCUUGUGUUAAUGCUGUCCAGGAUAGGUUGCAUAAAGAAGGUUAUGAGACCCUGGUUUUCCAUGCAACUGGGGUGGGUGGCAGGGCCAUGGAGAAUUUGGUUAGAGAGGGGUUUAUACAGGGUGUUAUUGACAUCACAACGACAGAGGUAGCCGACUACAUAGUUGGAGGUGUAAUGGCAUGUGACAGUUAUCGUUUUGAUGCCAUCAUAGAAAAUAAAGUGCCGUUAGUCUUGAGUGUGGGGGCAUUAGACAUGGUGAACUUUGGAGAAAAAGAUACUAUACCAUCAAAGUUUCAGCAGAGAAAUAUAUAUGAACACAAUAAACAGGUUUCACUCAUGCGAACAACAGUAGAUGAGAACAGAAAAUUUGCUGAUUUCAUAGCAAAGAAACUGAAGAAGUCAUCAUCUAAGAUUUGUGUGUGCCUUCCAGAGAAGGGCGUAUCUGCUUUAGAUGCACCUGGGAAGCCUUUCUAUGAUCCAGAGGCAACGGGUACUCUUCUUCGUGAAUUACAAAACCUUAUUCCAACUAAUGGUGAUAGACAGGUAAAGGUGUAUCCUCAUCAUAUUAAUGACCUCGAAUUUGCAAAUGCAUUGGUUGAUGCAUUUUUGGAGAUUCAUGAGAAAACUGGUACAGAUUCUACUCGACAACAAGUUGUCAAUCCUGAAUCUGUUGAACAAUUUAAUGAAGAUUAUGUUUCAAAUGCGUCAAGCUUUGGGAGCAUCGUCUAUCCACCUAGUGAAUUUCCAGAAGCUAGAACAGAAACUUUGGAGAAAACACAGCUCAUAUUACAUCAACUGAAACAUCAAAUAGAUAAAGGAAUUCCAAUAAUCGGAGCUGGUGCAGGGACAGGUAUAUCUGCCAAGUUCGAAGAAGCCGGAGGCGUUGAUCUAAUAGUUUUGUACAACUCUGGGCGCUUCCGAAUGGCUGGAAGAGGUUCAUUAGCCGGAUUGUUACCUUUUGCUGAUGCUAAUGCUGUUGUUCUUGACAUGGCCAAUGAAGUUUUGCCAGUGGUAAAGAAGGUUCCAGUUCUUGCUGGUGUAUGUGGAACUGAUCCCUUCCGCAGAAUGGAUUACUUUCUUAGACAGGUGGAGUCUACUGGAUUUUCUGGGGUACAAAACUUUCCAACAGUAGGGUUAUUUGAUGGGAAUUUUCGACAAAAUCUUGAAGAAACGGGAAUGGGAUAUAGCUUGGAAGUUGAGAUGAUCCAGAAAGCCCAUAAAAUGGGUCUCUUGACAACUCCAUAUGCAUUCAAUCAACAUGAAGCUAUUGAAAUGGCUAAAGUCGGCGCUGAUAUUAUAGUUGCCCAUAUGGGUCUAACUACAACAGGCUCCAUAGGUGCAAAAACAGCCGUUUCACUUGAUGAAAGUGUAAUUCGUGUACAAGCUAUUGCAGAAGCAGCGCACAGCAUCAAUCCCAAUGUCAUCGUGUUGUGCCAUGGAGGUCCAAUAUCUGGUCCAAAGCAAGCGGAAUUCAUAUUGAAGAGAACCAAAGGAGUCCAUGGGUUUUAUGGGGCUUCAAGUAUGGAAAGACUUCCGGUAGAGCAGGCUAUUACAAAUACAGUUAAAGAGUACAAGUCAAUUUCUAUUCAUUAAGGUUUAACAUGUCUGUACUUUAUUCAUGUCAGUGUUCUGUUCAUUAUAUUGCUAAUGUGGCUGUUCAUAUUUUGUCAUUGCAUAGUAUCUACCAAGUUUGUGAACGUUAUAGGAUUUACUGAUAUAAAAUUUUGGAAAUAAUGAAUCAAAAAGUAUUGUUCAAGACGUUUUCUUUUA